CUGAAGUACUGGACGGCCCGCUCCAACGCUAGGGCUGAGGUCACCUAAUCCGCCAUCUCCUAGCGACACCGACUCAGCUCUGCAACCAACAAAAUAGCCAUUUCUAUUCGUAAAGAGUCGAUUAAUUUUCAUUCUACUAAGGGAAAAGCCAUCCAAUCAACGAAUCAGGAUUUGUUAUGGCGCAUAGGCUGUUGAGAGACGUAGAAGCUGAUGGUUGGGAACGAUCGGACUUUCCGAUCAUAUGCGAGUCCUGUCUCGGCGACAAUCCAUACGUUCGAAUGACAAAGGCAGAUUAUGAUAAGGAGUGCAAGAUUUGCACACGACCUUUCACAGUUUUCAGGUGGAGGCCUGGUCGCGAUGCUCGGUACAAAAAAACAGAGAUUUGUCAAACUUGCAGCAAGCUAAAAAAUGUUUGUCAAGUUUGCCUCCUUGAUCUCGAAUAUGGGUUGCCAGUUCAGGUUCGAGAUACUGCUCUCAGUAUCAAUUCCAACGAUGCCAUUCCAAAGAGCGAUGUGAAUAGGGAAUAUUUUGCCGAGGAGCAUGAUCGCAGGGCCAGAGCUGGUAUUGAUUAUGAAUCUUCAUAUGGAAAGGUACGUGCAAGUGAUACUAUUUUGAAGCUUCAAAGAACGACACCAUACUACAAGAGAAAUCGAGCACAUGUUUGCAGUUUCUAUGUUCGGGGUGAAUGUACAAGAGGUGCUGAGUGCCCUUACAGGCAUGAGAUGCCUGUCGAAGGGGAGUUAUCACAGCAAAAUAUAAAAGACCGUUACUACGGGCGUGUGCACAUGGACAUGCUUGUUCAGGCUCACUCGGUAAACGAUCCAGUGGCCAAUAAACUACUCAACAAGGCAGGUGAAAUGCCCUCACUAGAACCCCCUGAUGAUGAGAGCAUUAAAACCCUCUAUGUGGGUGGGCUUGAUGCAAGAAUCACUGAACAGGAUCUAAGGGAUCACUUCUACGCCCAUGGUGAGAUCGAGUCAAUAAAGAUGGUACUCCAACGAGCUUGUGCUUUUGUGUCUUACACGACGAGAGAAGCAGCAGAGAAAGCAGCUGAAGAACUUGCAAACAAGCUGGUCAUUAAGGGUCUAAGGCUGAAGCUUCUGUGGGGCAGACCGCAAGCCCCAAAGCCAGAGUCUGAAGACGAAGCAAGGCAGCAGGCGGCAGUGGCUCAUAGCGGAAUGUUGCCUAGGGCAGUUAUAUCACAGCAGCAGAACCUACCACUUCAACCACCGGGCACUCAGGAUCUACCUCCUCCGCCAGUGCAUUACUUCAACAUCCCUCCACCGCCUCAGCAGGAAAGGGCGUAUUAUCCCUCAAUGGAUCCCCAAAGAAUGGGUGCUCGUAUUCCGUCGCAAGAGGGGGCUCCUAAUGUGCCUUCAGGGUCAGGUGAGAACAAAAGUGGUUCAGAAAAGCCGCAGCAUGGGCAUUAUGCUUACCCACCUAUGCCACCACCUCUGGGUCAAUUUUACCAGCCUUAUUAUGUGCCAUAUGGUUAUAUGCCGCCGCCUCCACCGCCACCACCAUAUCAACAAUAUCCUCCACCGCCUUAUCAAUCUGCGAUGCCUCCUCCACCCCCUAGCGCUGACCCAGCAGCAUAUCAGCAGCAAGCACCAGCAGGUUCAUCACAACAAUAGUAGCUUGUGUGGAUUCAUUGUGUUUGUACCAAACAUACACUUGGCAAUCAACUACGAGUGGGUUAUUGCCAUUAAGUUAUCAGAUGCAUUUCUAUCUAGCACUUGUUUAAUCGUUAAACUAAUACUUCUUUGGCCAUGCUAUUUUCCUUGAUUAUUUGGCUGAUAAUGGUGAAGGAAAUAUGUUAAAGUUACCUUAAUCUUGGCUGUA